AUGUCUCAAAAAAUGUUAAAACAAACAGACUCAGACAUUGAAGAUAUUAUCACCUCACAAUCUCUUAAUAAUUCUUCUUCAAGUCAUAAAAGAAAAAAAGUUCACAUGACAGAAGUCGAGCCUUCACACCGAUGGACGUUUGAACCAAGUGUCAAAAUUGUUACUAAUAAACUACAGGGAAUCACUUUUGGAGUUCCAACAUGGACAACAUUCCUGCAACAGAUCAAUAUCAUCGACGAUUAUUUUGAAAAAGAGAAACAACCCUCAUCAGAUUAUACUGAACCCCUUGAGAUAAAUGACUGCAAAGUGAUAUUUACAACGUCUUUUGGAGAAAAGAGCGUUAUUUUCGACAGUAUACCUGUACCUGUACCUGUUGCAGAAUGUGAAAAUAGUGAAAAUGCUUACGAAAAAGUUUGUCCAGACAACCAUUUGUGCUACAUAACACCAGUUGGGAAUCCACGUUAUAAUAAAAAAGUCGCAUACACUUUUUACGAUUUUGAAACUCAACAGAGUGAAUCUGUCGUUGGUCAGGAAUCCACGAAAAUUCACGUACCUAAUUUGUGUGUAGCACAACAGGUAUGUGAUGAGUGUAUGGAUGAUCCUGACCCAAAUGUACGAUGUAAAUGGUGCGAUAUUAGACAGUAUAUUUUUAGUGAAGAUCCGGUUUCCGAGUUUACAAAAUUUGCCACGCGAAAAAUGAGUCAUUUCACGGAAACUUUUUUAAUAGCACAUAAUGCUAAAGGGUUUGAUGCUCAAUUUAUUUUGAGUCAUCUCAUUAAAGAGAAAGGGCUUAGAAAUCCACCUGAAAUUAUUUUAAAUGGGACUAGCAUUCUUUUGGUGAAGAUGCCAUUAAGACAAUUGCCUGAAGCUUUUGGUUUAGAAGAGGCAAAGAAGGGUACAUUUCCCCAUUUAUUUAAUACUCCCAAAAAUCAAGAGUACAUUGGAAAAAUACCUGAUGCCAAAUAUUUUUCACCCGAUACAGUGUCUCGUGAGGCUCGGGACUCAUUUUACAAAGCGUGUUUGGCUUUUAGAGCAUUAUUUCUUAAAGUUGCCAAUAUCGAUCCAUUUAUUGAGAGCAUAACAAUUGCAUCGGCUUGCUCAAAAGUUUUCAGAAAAAAUGAUCUAAAAGCUGAUCAAAUAGGUGUACUACCAAACGGUGGUUAUAGAAGGGCUAAUAGACAGUCGAAAAAAGCCAUCGAAUGGUUAUUAGCCUUAGAACGCGAUUUGGACAUUGAAAUUACUCGUUCAGGCAGGGCACGAGAAUUUAGAUUGCCAGAUGGAUGUCUUGUCGAUGGCUAUUUUGAAAAUAAAGAAACCACCCACUUGAAUCCUCGAGAUGCAUUUUAUGGGGGUCGAACAGGUAAUACAUUUUCGUAUUACGAGGCUAAGGGUAAAGUGAAUAUAUCAUAUCUUGAUGUUUGUUCACUUUAUCCAUUUGUUUCAAAAUAUGGAAAAUUUCCCAUUGGUCAUCCCAAAGUUUACAUCGGCGAUGACUGCAAAAGUUUAACCGGUGUAAACUUUGAUUUAUCUAAUGUCGAGGGACUAGUCAAAUGCAGAGUAUUACCGCCUACCAAUAAGUAUUUACCUGUUCUGCCUGUCCGUAUGCAUGGUAAACUCAUGUUCCCUUUGUGUAAUACUUGCUGUAAAGAACAAAUACAGAGCGAUUGUCCACAUGUAAAUAACACAAAUGCGCGAGAAAUUGAAGGAACAUGGGUUUCCGACGAGAUAAAAGCUGCGAUUCAAGAGGGGUAUCAAAUUACUGCCAUUUUUGAAAUUUGGUAG